CUAACAGUCUUUCCAGUGAUUACAAGCAAAAGCAUUAAAAAUAAUAAUGAAAUUUGUUUUAUUUACAUUAUUUAUAACAAUUACAAUAGUAAAUAUUGUUAAUUGUCAUGAAGAAUCAAUUCAAAAUCAUGAGCCAUUAAGUAUACAAGAAUCAAAACAGGAUAAUCUUCAACCAGCUUUAGAUUCUAAAGAUGUUCUUCUUAAACGUUUAACACGUACAUUCCAAAAAGGAGGAGGAUAUUCUGGAGGAUGUAAUACUUGUCAAGUUCCUGUACAACAACCAGUAUGUAAUACAUGUGGAGGUGGGGGUGGUGGUAGCAGAAGCUAUUCACAAGCUUCAUCUCAAGCAUCAUCUUCAUCAAGUUCAUAUGGAAAAAAGAAAUAAAUUUACAGAAUUCAUAUUUUACUAGUUUGU